CACCGGUGACAGUUUCGUUUUGGUACGGAUUUCGAGCGGAAGUGACCAGAACCAUUUCAAGCAGUUGCAAAUCGGGUGUUGUGAGUGCGGUGAUUGAAAAACUCAGAACUGAAACUCCAUCGGUUUUUUUUGUAAAGUUUGUGGAAGAUUCGUGGGUGGUCCUGGAAAAUUUAAAGCUCAAAUACCAGAGUAAAGCCCCCUGUUUGAGAUCAAAGUUUUAUUCGAGUUUAAUCGUUCUAAGCAGAAGUGCGGUUUGUUUUUGGUGAGUGAAGCAACUUUAUCAACCAACAGCCAGGCUCCUAGCAGCGUUCAACUGAUUGCUUUCCAUUUGAUCCCGUGACGCCCACACCACAUUGAAGCAAAACUUCAGAGAAAUGGCCUCCCAGCUAUCUUCGUCCCUGCAUUCUGGCCGUAAAUCGUCGUCUGCAUCCAUCAUAAGUUCACGGUCCUUUCUGAGCAAACGGGUUCUGGUGGCCCUACUUGUGUGUACCCUGCUGUUGGAUCUGAGUUCCCUAGCGGCCGAAGCUCGACCUCAGGACGAUCCGACAUCGGUGGCCGAAGCAAUCCGGCUGCUACAAGAACUGGAAUCUAAACAUGCUCAGCAUGCCCGGCCCAGGUUGGCACGCAGUCAGCUGCCCCCAAAUCCGGGCCUAGACAAAGUGAUUGGCUAUUUCAUCCUCGAAGCUAUCGAUAGGGCCCACUCGACCGACUCGCGACCCAGAUUCGGAAAGCGAGGCUACCUCAGCCCAGUGGGUUACGGUGGCCAGGAUGAACAGGAGCGAAACUAUUACAGGAUGUUUGGCAGGAUUCAACAUUUGCAAGAUGAACGGAAUGGCCCCAUGAACUAAACGAGGAUCGCGCUAAAUGAACUGAAAAAACACGGAAAUUCUAAGACCCCAAUUCCUUCCUAUCAAUCCCUUAUGGCCAUGUUAGAUUAGUCCUCAAACUUUUGGAACCGCGAAAGCGUCUGGAAAAUCCAGUGAAAACCUACCACCGGAAAAUCAUCGACCCUGGACAGAAAUUGGAGAUGGAAAAACAAAACUUUGUAAAAUGAUAAAGCAAAUAUUACAAACAAAAAAAACAAAUCAAAAUUGUGCAGAAUAAAAACAACGAAAAUCGCAACGACUGUCAUGAUUGGCUUUUUUCUUUGAUAAAAAGUGGAGUUAAAAUGGCACUUUAAAAAAAGUAGAGAAAGAACCCCCUUUUACGAUUACCCGUAAAUUAUCCGUUAUGCUAAUUGCAUCUAAAUAUGUACACAUUCCAGUCCGCAAAUAUAUCAGACAUUUUUCCGACUGUUCAAAUUUUAACAAUCAAUGUAACGCCACUACAGAUUAUAGACACUGCACAUUGUUCGUUACUCACUGCUACGAUUGGUUGUAAGCAAACGCAUUACUAUACAGAUUAAUGGAAACUUAACUCUCACGUGUAAAUAAAAAAAACUUAUAAGCCAAACACUAUCGAAUGAAGUAUAAAAUGAAAGCCAAAACGAGGGCAGCUCUGCGGUAAAGACAAAGAAUUACGCAUACUAUCAAGAAAGCAUGAAAUAUGACAAAUUGUAUAACCAAUACAAUAUUUUCCAACAGUUGGGCAAAUAAACUUCAUCAAUCAGAGAAGAAAAAUC